GUGUUUAAGUCGUAAAAAUAAUUUUUCUUAAAAAUAUAAGUUAAGACUUUGUACUACAUGGAUCUUUUAUAUUUGAUCUUUUUACGAAUACUUCAAUAAAGUUUCUAUCAUAUUACUAGAAAAUUAUGUAUAAGUCAUAAAAAUAUUUUCUCCCAAAAAAUGUAAGCUAAAACUAUAUACUAUAUAGAUCUUUUUAAUCUAAUCCGUUUACAAAUUUUAUAUAACGUGAACUUUAAUGCAUCGAGAGAGCUUUGUUGAUGUUUUUUUUUUUUUUAAAUGAGGAUGACAAAAAAGAAAAAAGAAAAACCAAACAAAUUUGGACCAUUCAUAACAAAUUUCAAGGUUCCAAUGGCGGUGUCUUUUGGACUCUUCUGAAUUUGCUUUUUUUUCCAUUUCACACUUUCUUUUUUCCACCUUGUACUGUGUGUAUUUGACCUUUAUUGUUCGACGUUGACGAGGUUGUCGGUGCCGGAGAUGGUCAGCAUAAUGAACAACGUUGAAAGGAGGAGUAGUAGUAAUAGUAGUAGUAGUGAAGAUGAGUAUAUUAGGAGACAUCAUAGGCAUGAUGUUAGAGAUGAUCAGUGUAGUUCUUCACUUGUAAAGCAUAUUAAAGCUCCUGUUCAUCUUGUUUGGUCAUUAGUGAGGAGGUUUGAUCAACCACAAAGGUAUAAACCAUUUGUUAGCAGAUGCAUCGUGCAAGGGGACCUUGAAAUCGGAAGUGUUAGAGAAGUGAAUGUUAAGUCAGGACUCCCAGCUACCACAAGCAAGGAGAGGUUGGAGCUUCUAGAUGAUGACGAGCACAUCUUUGGUGUAAGGAUUGUGGGUGGAGAUCACAGACUUAGGAACUACUCAUCAAUUAUCACUGUUCACCCGGAGAUCAUUGAAGGAAGACCUGGAACAAUGGUAGUCGAGUCAUUUGUGGUGGAUGUUCCAGAUGGGAAUACCAAGGAUGAAACAUGCUACUUUGUCGAGGCCCUCAUCCGCUGUAACCUCAAAUCACUAGCUGAUGUGUCAGAGCGUUUAGCCGUGCAAGGCCAUAUGGAGCCUAUCGACAGAAUGUAGGUUUACAACUUCAUUUUGCUUGAACUUGCAGGGAUUUGAUUUGAAGGCGAGUAAGAGUGACUGGUACUUAUGCCAAUCCUUCUCGAUCUCAUAAAGUAUAUAUAUAUAUCUACAUUAUGUUCGUGCUUCUUUCUCAUCGUCUGUAAGGUCAUCGUGGUUUGUAGAAUGCAACUGGCUAUUUCAUAAUGUGAAGAACCGGACAUGCGGUUUGUGGCUGUAUGUGAGAAUUGAACUUGGACUGUAAAUAUGUAAUGCUCAUGAAGGUGCUGUUUCUUGUUAUAGGAUCAUUACUGUGUGGUUAUUAUGACACACUAUAAGCUUGUGUAUCUUUGAGUUUGGUGUGUUAAUAAGUACUAGAAACAGUGUUUGGUAAAUUAAAUAUAGAGUGCUUUGCUUUUGGUUGUA